CACACACACACACACACACACACGCACUGACAGUCUUUUGUUAUGAAUUGGUGCUCAAAUUAUUGUUCACCUCGAUAGAAAUCGCGCAACGAGAUGACUCUGUUCCAACAACCCCGCUGGCUGCGGAGAUGGAUCCGCCGCAGAACAAACCCAAUCCCGAUGGAUCGGGCCCACAUGUGGAAAGGACGGUUGAGCCUGUUCUACGCGAUAGUAGCUUGGCAUGCGUUCGGAGGCGUCUGUUACAUGAUCUAUACCGGGCGCAAUGAUUGGGCCAAGUUCUACGGUUACAAAAGCGAGGAAGAAGCACAGCUCCCGCAGGCCAUCCGCUUCGCCAAGCAGCUUAACCUGCCGAACGCGAAAGUCGUUAAGUUGAGCGGGAUUACCAAGACGGACGAGUACGAGCUGAAGGACCUGGAGGUGAUACGACCAGGCGUGGAUGCUGCUGCUUCUGCUGCUAAUGUAGAAAAGUGAUGAAAAAUUAUGUCGUGAAAUAAUUACUUUAUUUGUGUAAAAAUAAUAAUUAUAAUGUAUGGAGGGUGA